AUGAAAGGUUUGACGCUCGACAUUGAUGCAUCAAAAUGGUUGGUGGAAUUACGUGGCGAAGUUGAUCCUAUAAUCUUCAUUAAGAAGUUGUAUAUAGCGAGAACUUACGUUAUGCUCUGCCGAAUUGAAUAUGGAUAUGAAGAGAAUCCAAAAGGAACCCGGAAGCCAAAUUCUGACUUCAUGAGAUGUAGAUUCGAACUAAACAUAUUAGAUAUAAGUUGGUAUAAGAAAAUCAUAGGAGCUUUGAAGACCAUCCAAGGUGUAUCAUUUACCAUUGAUACACCACCACCAGAGUUGGGAUAUCCGGUGGGAUAUACGAUGGGAUAUUUUCGUGGGAACAUAGAAAUUGGAGUGCUUAUGAAGAUGCUCGAGAAGACAAGCAUUGAUUUGCUUGGAAUGAAAUAUGGAGCAGAGUGUGAAGAUGCAAACUUGAAGCCACCGGAAGUACCUCCAAAGAAACUUGAGGCUCCUCCAAAUGGAACCGAGACACAGCCCAAGAAAGACUCAGUGCCUCCUCCCCCUGAGGUUGUUAGUAUAUCAACGAAACACCAAGCCGUAUACAAGAAGCCUCGCGGUUUUAGAAGGUUAUGUUCGUUUUUAAUGAAGCGUGUUGUCAAGUAG